UUCGUUAAUUAAAAAGAACAUUUUAUUGUUUGUAUUAACAAGUUCCAUUACGAGGCACCUCAAGCGUCCUUGCGUUCCACGCAAACAUCGCAACCUCUCUCUCCAUCGACAAUGGCUUUAUUAUCCGCCACAACCACCGUCCUCCUCCUCCGCGAUCUCGCCGGAAUCUCUCCCUAACAUCCUUCAAUUCCAUACUCGCUACCCUAAACCACUCACCGCUCACAAUGUCGUCCGACGUUUCUCUCGCUUCUAAUCCGAUCGCAACUCGGUCCGCUUCUCUGAACAUCAACCGUCCAUCUCAGGCCGAUCACGAUCUCCGCCAUAGCCUCUCCUUGGGUAACCAGAUCGGCGAGAAUCGGCCGCCAUCGACGGUAAUGAGCGCCGUUGUUGGGAGCGGGAUCGCCGGAAUCCUCUACAAGUGGGUGAAUUACGGCCAAGGUUGGAAGCGUCGGUGGUUCGUUCUCCAGGACGGAGUUUUGUCGUAUUACAGGAUCCACGGUCCGGACAAGAUCUCUCUGGCCGGAGAGGUGAUCCGGCGAUCGAAGCUCAUCGGCAGUGAAUCGUUAAGGAUCGCUCAUCGGCACAGCAAGCGCGGCGAUGUUCAAUGCCAUGGAAAAUCUGUCGGCGAAAUUCAUCUCAAGGUUGCAUCAAUUAGGCAGAGCAGAUCGGACAUGAAGCGAUUCACCAUGUUCACCGGAACGAAGAGGCUACAUUUACGCGCUGUGACAAAUGACGACCGAGCAGUUUGGCUCGAAGCUUUGCAGAUCACAAAAGACAUGUUUCCGAGGAUGUCAAACAAGGAACUGUUGGCUCCAACGACGAAUAUAUCGAUCUCGAUGGAUCAAUUGAGGCAGAGACUGCUAAAGGAGAGUGUGAACGAUGCGGUCAUCAAGGACUGCGAAGAAAUUAUGAGGAACGAGUUCGAGGAGUUGCACAAUGAGGUCGAAACUCUCAAACGCAAGCAAAAGCUUCUGCUGGAUUCUCUCAAGAACCCUAAUUUACAGAUUCGAAUGCAGAAAACACCGCAACGGGGGGAUCUGAACGCUCCAUGAAUCUGCGUCGGUAUCCGUUUUGGAUACAUGUUAUAGUAAGUUAACUGUUCAUGGCCAUUGUACAGACCAGUAUACGUAUAGAAGUUUAGAAUGGAUGAUUCUUAGUUCGGUUAUCCAUUUGUUGUAGCAUAUGUAUUGUCUUCUUCUUCGUUUCUGCCGAUUUGAUGAAGACAUUGUGCCCAUUGUUGUAAUAUUCUUCGUACUGUUUUUA